CCCCCUUCCUCCUCCCCGCCGCCCGCCCUCUUCCCCUCCCCGCACGCACUUCGGCUCAGUCCGCAAGCGUUCCCUCAGUCGCCCGGGAAGGCUCCGCUGCUGUCAGCGCCUGGGUUGCACGGGAGGCAGAGAGCAAAGAUGGAUGACAAUGUAGUUCACAUGUAUCCACUGCACAUUGGAGAUGACGGGACCCUCUUUUUUGAAGGUAACUCUUGGCUGGCUUGUUUUUAUGAGUGUUGGAUUUUGUGCAAAGGUGCAGGUAGGGCCAAAGGCCAGGGCCCCACAGAUCAGCCCCCCCCACCCUGGCUACCAAAUGACUACCCAGAGAUUGGCAGAUGGAAGCAGCAGCAAACAGGCCUGACAUCAGCACCUGGGCCUGAUACUAGCCACCACAGCAUUCUUUUUUCGUGGGGUUUAGAAGCUGACAGCUGGAGACAUGCAAAAUCUGGGAAAGCUCAAAUCUUCCGAAACAGAGAGAAUCACGUGCUCAUCGUGAGACCAGAGGAUCAAGCAGAUGCCAUGGCAGUAUUUGAGUCAAUGACAGACCUAGAAGUGCGGAAUGAAUCUGGAAUCUCAUUCAAUGUACACAUGUACAAAGAUACUAACCUGAGAGGACUGCCAGUGGCCUUCAGCACACAGUGGAAAGGCAAAACUUAUAUCAUGAAAAUCGAAAAAGGUGGCAAAAUGAGGGUGGUAUUUAAGGAAGGAGAAGUCCCAGAUGCCAUCGAAGGAGAAACCAGUGACAUGAUCUUCUUCAAAAUACCAUUUUCCAGAUCCGACACACAAUGCUACAUGUUUGAGUCAACACUGGAGCGAGGUUACUUUCUUGCCUUUGAGAGAAACCAGAGCAGCAGUGCCACACGACUGAUCAUAAAGAGAACGGAGCUAAUCGACGAGUCCACAAAGCUAUAUCCUUCCCCGUUCCCAGAAUAAAAGAAACAUAAGUAAAAAAUAAAUCUGGAUACAAAGAGUAAGACAAAUAAUACAGAAUACCGAAAUGUAAAACACCACAUGCCUACGUGAAAAUGGCCCUUAACUAAUAAAUGAAUCUUGAAACAACCACAAUGCACACUAUAAAACUCCAUUGGAAAAACACAAUGUAAAUGCAAGGUAAAUACUUAAAGGAUUGUAGAAUUUAUGGUAUAAAGAAAAAUAUGGUUAUAAACACUAAUCCUAAGUGUUUGUUUCAGGACUGGAUUCUAGAAGUAAUUUGAGUUAAUGAAAAUUGUUGUACUGAGUAUUUUGAAAUAAGGCUUAUUAUUCAGGGCCCCUGAGAAAAGAGUGUAAUGACACACUGAAGGAAAUGCUGUCUAAUAAGAUAUAAAUCCUGUAUGCGACCUGCGUUUACGGAUUAUGAGAUGAAAUUGUUGGCUGACUUGCAGGCUUGCCUGGUGGUUAACAAACUAAUUAGAGAAGUCACACUGUAGUAAACCCUUGUCUAUCAUAGCAUAAGGUCAAUUGUUUUCUUUGAAGCUUUUGAAAUGCAUGUUGAUUAGACUGUAAAUUGCAGGGGUCAUCAGACUAUAAUUAUCCAGGGACUCCUUUGCGAUUCAGGUUCAAGGCAGAGACAAAGGAUCACUCCCCAGGUAAAGGUUGGUAAGGACUGCUUGAGAGAGAAUUGGAUCAUUAAACUACAUUCAUUUUAUUGUACUUUUUGCUCCAUUGGUGAAAUUUGCUGGUUUGCUAGUUUUCCUAUGCUUUGUUCCCCUUGGAAAUAUUUCUUUUAUCAUUUUAGUAAACUUUUUAACUUUGUUUCCUAACUUUAUAA